GGUUUUUUUUUUCCGCUACGCGCAGAUCCGUGCUCGCGUAAUCGCCAUUGUCCUGACAGCGCCUCAUCGUCAACAACCACAUAUAAACGAUCAUGUCUGGCAGAGGGAAAACCGGAGGCAAAGCGCGAGCGAAGGCCAAGUCUCGCUCCUCUCGGGCAGGACUCCAGUUCCCGGUGGGUCGCGUCCACAGGCUACUGCGCAAAGGCAACUAUGCGGAGCGCGUCGGCGCCGGGGCUCCGGUGUAUUUGGCGGCCGUGCUGGAAUAUUUGACCGCUGAGAUCUUGGAGCUGGCAGGUAACGCGGCCAGGGACAACAAGAAGACCAGGAUCAUCCCACGGCACCUCCAGCUGGCUGUGCGCAACGACGAGGAGCUCAACAAGCUGCUGGGAGGUGUGACCAUCGCUCAGGGAGGUGUGCUGCCCAACAUCCAGGCUGUCCUCCUCCCCAAGAAGACGGAGAAACCGGCCAAGAGCAAGUAAAGACUCCCCGCUGGCCCUGGAGUCAGUCGGGACUAAAGGCUCAGCUGGGAACCGGCUGAUUUUCCUACCAGUGUUUGUUUUUCUGCUUAUGGACGAACCUUUCAAACAGGGGGCAGUGUGUGGUGUUGCUGUUUCUACGUUGUAAACAUCCACUCGCUUCUCAUCGGGACUAUUCAUAGACUGCUCUGUAGCCACUGUUGUGUUGUUGGUGUGGAAAAUGGAGGCGCUUUCCAAAGGCUGGGGAUAAUGAAGGCCUCUGCAACAAGAAGGGGAAAAAUCCCGUUGUCAACAUGGACCAAUCCUAGGGGGGUGGUGUUUUUUAUUUUCGCAUUGCUGCUACAAAACAUGCUAAAUUGUUGUAUUGUUUAUGUCAUGUUCCAAUAAAUAUCCUGCUGCCUUCUGGCACAGGGCGAAUACACCCAGUCUUUAUUUUGUUUUCAUCCGGGGACUUGCAGUCUUUGUGAGAGAACAAACAGACAGAGGCAAACGAGCUGCAGCUUCUCUGACCUCACAGUGCCACAGCUCCACACUCAGUGUUCCCACUCCACUGCAAUUAACACCGUCUUCCCUUUCAGCUCAUUGUGUUUGUAACUGGAGCUGAUCAGUGGAAAUGUGUUGGUUGGAACAUGAUUAUUUGUCAGUGAUUUAAAGGUUCAAAAGAUUAAGAUCGUUGUUUGAGAUAAUUGUGUGAUUUGCUGCUACUAAAGAAUGUCUGAGAUGCUUUGUUUUGAUGCCCCUGAUUCUAGCUCUGUGGGAGGGGGACACUUGUGUUCCACACAUUCUGCACUGUGAUUCCUCAUAAUUUUUUGAAACGAAUUGAAAUCUGGAGAAAAGCAAAUUCUUAAAAUUACAACUAGUGCGCAAACUAUUACAACAGUGUAUGUACUGGCCUGCUGUCUGUCUGUAGAGAGGUCAGUGCAGGGGCAGUGGGUGAACAGGGUUUUAAACUUUCAAUUUAAGCUGCUGCACAGUUAGAAUCUGUCUUUUGCAUCAAAGGAGGCUUUUUUAUAUCAAGAUUAAGUGUAUAUAUUCCUCAGUGUCAUAUAGUAAAGGGCAGCAAAAAGAGUACUACAAAAUGACAUUAAAAAAAUUAUUAGGAGAUACAAUGAGGCUAUAGACAGUUAUAACAGAUUGCAUUUGUUUAAUAUGUGAUAUGAUAUUGGUAUGUAUAAUUUAUCUUGGUGCAGUAUGGUGCAUUCUCUUCAAAUGAGUUUAAACUGUAUGUAAUUUAAAUAAUGAUGUGGUUCCCAGAGUCCCAACACCUUGCAGAGAACCUCAGAGAAAUGAUAGUGCUGUCACUUUUCAUCUUCUGAGACCAUAGUCAUUUUUAUUAAAGCAAGGCUCAUCAACUGCUGAAACAUU